AUGUCGACAGCAUCUAGUCAGUCCCGAGGAGUCAACCGACGGAUCAACAGCAUCCAGAAUGAAGGUCGCCAUUCCCGUAACUCCUCCAUUUCACGCCGUCGGCCCGUUAGCGCCAACGUCGCAUCCAGUCAUGCGCUCCGUGUAGCUUACCUGGCCUACCUCUUACAUCCUCGUUCUCGUCGCACACAGACUGUGCCUGCCGCGCCGGCGCGGCCCAAGCGGGCAUCUACCUCCAUCCAUGAUUUGAUGAGCGACUUCUCGCUGGUCAGGGAUUCAAAGAGCACCAGGAUUCCACAUGGCUUCGUGGCCGAACUGGAGAAACGGUUGACGGGAGUGUUGAUUGGGAAAGAGAAGCGGAAGGAAUACCAAGAUCAUCUGGUGGUGCGAACAUUUGCCGCCUUUCUCAAUGUGCUUAAGGAAGACUCCUUUAGAAAGCGCAUGGAGAAAGACCGGCGCGCAGAGGAUCUAGUACUCAUAUUCUAUUCCAACGCUAUCAAGGAGUUGGGUAAGGGCAAGGAACAUGACGAUGAUAGCUGGAAGUUGAUGGUGGACCGACACGUUGCGCUUUUUGUUCGACUCCUUGCGCUGGUUCUGAAAGGACACGACUGGUCCAAGGACCGCCCAGAGUUGACAAACCGAUUGUCCGUCUUGGAGAACAAGCUGCUGGUGCAAGAUCAAGAUUUGAUGCAAGGGACUAGCGCAACAACUACCACCGAGGUAGUUGCUCCGCUAAGCUACGAUGUGAAAGACAUGCCCCUGGUCCAACAUGUUGCCAAGAUCUUCAGGAUGACGACAGCUCAGACACAAGCGGAGAUUGAUAAGCACAGGAAGAUCUGGACUGAAAAAGCAGCCCUGCAUGACCUCAAAACUUAUCAGUACCAUUUGAGUCUUCAGACUCAUAAAACAUUCUCCAGAGAUGACUUCGAAACUGAUGAAGCCUAUGAAAGCUGGAAGAAGAGUGAAGGACCCGACCUCUCCCAGAUGAUGCUUGCUAUCGUGCAGUCGAAUCCGGAACUUGCUAAGAGCACACCCGGAACUUUGCCUCAGCUUAACCCAACAAUAGAAGAGGAAGAUUUGUCCAAAAUAUCCUCUGGACAUAGCGAUAGAACUUACUCCAUUGAUCAGCCUGUUGAUCUCAGUGGACUCUCAUUGGGUGGUGCUAAUGGCGAUUCUGAAGAGUCGGAUACAUAUACAUUUAUCCCCUCUGACCCUCGAUCUGUGUACAGGCUCAUCCUGUCACAAACCUUGGCUCAUGAUCUACGGGAUCGCGAUAUUGAGGCAACUCAAGCCACGUCCGAUACGCCAUCCAUGAAGCUACUAUCUAAACAGUCCUCUGAAAUGCUGAACGAGAUCUGUGUCCGCUGGCGAAUACCUAAUUUCUCCCGCAUUGUGCUCUUCUUGGAUGUUGUGCAAUCAAAGUUUGUGGAUAACGAAAUUGACCUCAGCACCCUGGACUCGGCAUUUACGUUUGCAAAGGAAUCGCCUCCAAGUGAUAAUCGUAACAAGCGCAGCAGUUUUGUCGCAUCUACAGUUUUCGAUCGACGAAAAUGGACUGUGCACGAUUUGCAGAUGAUGCAAGAGCUGCUUUCAAAGCUCCACGAGGCUUUACUACGAGAACUUUAUGAUGUGAUGAUGGAUUGUUUUGAGACAAAGCCUCGUCCUAUUGGACCCGUCAUGUAUGUCCUCGAAAAUCAUAUACAAAUGGAUCCAAACUAUACAGAGGACCCGGAGGGCAUUCACCGAUUUGGCUCGUAUGUGCAAGACGGUCUUGCUCAAAAGGCAACUGACAAGUACCAGAGUCUUCUGAGUCAGUUGAUUUCUGUCAAUCAAGAAGCUUGGCGAGUUGACGAUGUCAUUCAGCUGGGCGAUGCUAUCUCAAAGCUGGCACAGAAAAUUCAAAAGCGAUACAGGAACAACCCUGAGAUCAUGGGUGUCAACCCAUACACAACACUCUGCUCCAACGUGCUGCCCAUGUUUGCCGAGGAUGCUCAUGAAAUGGUCAUCCGAAUCCUUGAGCAGACCAAGUCCAGGGACGAAGAAAUUGACAUCGAGGAAGGAUUUGAUCUCUAUAAGAGGCUCGCUACCAUUAGACGGCUAUUUAUGAGCACAAUUCCAGAUGUCCCCUUCCCGUUCCAGAUUGAGACUUUAUUGGAAGAAUUCGUAUGGCGAUGGCUUCGUCUGACAGAUCAGAGCGUGAUGGAAUGGGUCAAUCAAGCUACCAGGCAGGACGCCUUCUCAAUUCGUUCAGAUCAAGCAACCGACGACGUCCCGGAAGACUCCCGACACAGCGUGUCUGUGAUCGAUGUAUUUCGAUCAUUUAAUUCGGUCGUGGAGAACCUGGUUAAUCUCGAGUGGGAUGAUGAUCUUCAAUAUGCGAAGUUCAUGACUGCGUUAUCUAACUCUAUAGGUAAAGGUGUCGCACAAUAUUGUGAAUCCUUGGAACAGUCGUUUGCUCGAGAACUGGACCGACUCACGCCGGAGCAAGAGGCAGCUUUGAAUCAAACCACUCAGGAGAAGUUCAUGCAAUUCGCCAAGGAUACCUGGACGAAACAGGACAAAAUCGAGCCGUUUCAAUUCUUAUCAGAGUCCUUGGUGAAAUUAAACAACAUCGAAUAUGCGCUUUCUCAAUUAGAUUUGCUUGAGCAAGAGAUCAACGUCGAUGGAUGUGCCGAUGUGAUUGCACAGCACACUCCUCCGCAGCUCAAGAAAGUGCGCAAGUCAACAACUUAUGUUUUUACGAUCAAGGUAGUAGAGGCAGAGGACCUCAAAGCCUGCGACAUGAAUGGUGGUAGCGACCCAUACGUGGUCCUGACAGAUGAGUAUCAAAAGAGAAUUGCAAAGACCCGUAUCAUCUACAACAACCUCAAUCCACGCUGGGAAGACUCGGUGGACAUCACAACUCAGGGACCUCUGAACAUCAUCGCUACAAUCUGGGAUUGGGAUGCAGUUGGUGAUCACGAUUAUGUUGGUCGUACAUCUAUCAAACUUGACCCGGUCCACUUCAGCGACUUCUUGCCAAGAGAAUAUUGGCUUGAUCUGGAUACCCAAGGACGUCUUUUACUUCGUGUUAGCAUGGAGGGUGAGCGCGAUGAUAUCCAAUUCUACUUCGGCAAGGCCUUCCGUACUCUCAAGCGAACGGAGAGGGAUAUGACUCGCCGAAUUACCGAAAAGCUCUCUGCGUACAUCAGCCAUUGUCUGUCACGUCGAACAUUAAAGUCCCUGCUUUCUCGUGGGAUUAGUAUCUCGAGCGUAUCCAAUUUCCUUAAUCGCAAUCGAGCACAACAAACCGCCCCGGCCCCCACACAGUCCGAUGUGGAGAAUGCCUUAACUCCCUUGUUCAACUACUUUAACGCCAACUUCGCCAUUAUGAAUAAGACACUGACCACCGAAGCGAUGCGAAUGGUCAUGGCUCGUUUGUGGAAGGAGGUCCUUGCCACUAUUGAGAGUCUAUUGGUUCCCCCUCUGUCCGAUAAACCAUCCCACCAGAAGCCACUCACGAUUCAAGAAGUGGACAUUGUGUCACGCUGGCUCGUGCUGUUGCUGAACUUCUUCCAUGCAAUUGAUGAGGAAACCGGCGAAGCCAAUGGUGUUCCUAUCGAUAUUCUAAAAUCCCCCAAGUACCAUGAGAUCCAAAGCUUGAACUUCUUCUACUUCGAGCCCACGGAGCAUUUGAUUCGCACAUCUGAGCGGAUGGCCGCAGCCAAUGUGAAUCGCCAACAAGCCAAUCGCAACCGUUCAUCUGCCCCUGCGCACUUUGGUGCCACCGGUACCAGCUUCGGGACUCUGGGUGUUCCUUCUGCGCGUCGCGCGAAGAGUAUCAUGCUGUCACGUAACCUUGGGACCAUGAGAAAGGUGAAAGAAGAGAAGCGCCGGGAGGCCCAAGCGGAUCCAAAUGAUGACAUGAUCCUGCGUAUCCUUCGCAUGCGGCCCGAAGCUGCCGGAUACCUGCGUGAUCGGAGUCGUCAAAAGGAACGACUGGCUGCGGCGGCUGCGGCGGAUGCCAUUGUGAAGCAAAGUCUGAUGGCAGGAGUUGGAAGUCGAAUGAGUGGGAUGAUUCCCCGGCAUUAG